AUGGCGUCUUCAAUCCCGACAACCACUUCUGGCUAUCGAAUAGACCUCACCGCCGACAGCUUCGAUGGCCUCCGACUGGACACGUCCAUGCCCGUGGCGCCCCUGGGCCCGCGUGACUGCCUCGUGGCGAUACACGCCGUCUCGCUGAACUACCGCGACAUUGCGAUGCCGCUUAGGCUGUACCCCGCCUACACCAAAGAAGACGUCGUGCCAUGCUCGGACGGGGCCGGGGUGGUGGUCGCCAUCGGCAGUCAAGUAGAAUCCUUGAAGGUUGGGGACAAAGUGUGUCCCACGUUCUUCCAGGAUUUUGAAGACGGGUUUCCCACCAAAGGAAGUCGAGCAACCAGUCUGGGAGGGUUGAAUGACGGGGUACUCAGGAGAUAUGCCGUCUUUGCAGAGAGAGGGUUGAUCAAGGUGCCAGAAUUCCUCAGUGCGCGGGAAGCCAGUACCUUGCCCUGCGCGGCUCUGACAGCGUGGAACGCUCUAUUUGGCGUAGAAGGACGUGCGUUGAAGCCAGGAGAUUGGGUCCUGACACAGGGGUCUGGAGGUGUCAGUAUCUUCGCGCUGCUGUUUGCAAAAGCACUCGGUGCGCAUGUGGUCGCCACGACGGGGAGCACAGGAAAGCAGACGAGGCUACGCGAUCUCGGGGCCGACCUCGUGCUCAACUACCGCGACAACCCGAAAUGGGGCAUCGCCGCUCGAGAACACAUUGAAAGACAAGGAGGCACGGGAGCGCAGCACAUUAUCGAGGUCGGGGGUGAAACCUCGAUGGAGCAGAGUCUGAAAGCCGUGGCGCCCGAGGGCAUCAUCUCCAUCAUCGGAUUUCUCGGCGGCUCCGCGAGUGGAGAGAAAAAGACGGGGUUCUGGGACUGCUUCGUGAGUGCCUGUCUCGUGAGAGGCGUGCUCGUGGGGAGCAAGAGGCAGUUCCGAGAUAUGCUGGCUUUCAUGGAGGAGAGAGGCGUCAGGCCGGUGAUUGACGAGAAGACGUGGAUGUUUGAGCAGGCAAAAGAAGCUUACGAGUAUCUGAGAGCGCAGAAGUUCUUCGGCAAGGUGGUGGUGGAUAUUGAAGAAUGA